AUGUCAUCUGCUGCGGAAACGCUUCCGGCGUCAAACACUCGCAGGCACCCACCCGACACGUCGCUACCGCCGCCUGAAAACCCAUUUGGUCGUUGCAAUGGCGGCAAACAUACAGUGCACUGGUUCCGAAAAGGAUUACGACUCCACGACAACCCCGCAUUGAGGGAGGGUCUAACCAAUGCCGUCACGUUUCGCUGUGUAUUCAUCAUAGAUCCGUGGUUUGCCAGCUCAUCUAAUGUCGGCAUAAACAAAUGGAGAUUUCUGCUGCAAUGUUUAGAAGACUUGGAUAGAAGUUUACGAAAACUGAAUUCACGCUUAUUUGUGGUUCGUGGACAACCGGCAGAUGCGUUACCUAAAUUAUUUCGAGAAUGGGGAACAACUGCAUUGACCUUCGAAGAGGACCCAGAGCCUUAUGGUCGCGUUCGCGACCACAAUAUUAUGUCAAAAUGUCGCGAGGUUGGCAUAACUGUCACGUCUCGUGUAUCACACACCCUCUACAAAUUAGACCAGAUUAUAGAACGUAAUGGGGGCAAAGCUCCACUGACGUACCACCAGUUUCAAGCAUUGAUCGCCAGCAUGCCUCCACCACCUCCGGCUGAGAAACCGAUAACAGCACAUAUGCUCAAUGGAGCUACCACGCCCCUCACUGACGAUCAUGACGAUCGGUUUAGUGUACCUACUCUCGAAGAACUUGGAUUCGAGAUUGAAGCGUUAAAACCCCCAGUCUGGAUUGGCGGAGAAAGUGAAGCGUUAGCUAGAUUGGAAAGGCAUCUGGAACGAAAGGCGUGGGUGGCGUCAUUCGGCAGGCCUAAAAUGACACCACAGUCGUUACUUGCGAGCCAGACAGGAUUAUCACCAUAUUUAAGAUUCGGUUGCUUGUCAACUAGAUUAUUUUAUUAUCAGCUGACAGAACUGUACAAAAGAGUAAAACGGGUGAGACCACCGCUUUCUCUACACGGACAAAUAUUAUGGAGGGAAUUCUUCUAUUGCGCGGCAACAAGGAAUCCCAACUUCGAUCGUAUGGAGGGCAACCCCAUAUGCGUUCAAAUACCAUGGGAGAAGAAUCAAGAAGCUCUAGCGAAAUGGGCUAGUGGCAAAACUGGAUUCCCGUGGAUAGAUGCAAUUAUGAUACAGCUAAGGGAGGAAGGUUGGAUUCACCAUUUGGCGCGGCAUGCUGUCGCUUGUUUUCUUACAAGAGGUGACUUGUGGAUCUCUUGGGAAGAAGGAAUGAAGGUAUUCGACGAGCUGUUGCUGGAUGCAGACUGGUCCGUCAACGCCGGCAUGUGGAUGUGGCUCUCGUGUUCUUCAUUCUUCCAGCAAUUCUUCCACUGCUACUGUCCUGUCAGAUUUGGCAGAAAAACAGACCCUAAUGGAGAUUUUAUAAGGAGAUACAUUCCAGCAUUGAAGAACAUGCCUACACGUUACAUCCACGAACCCUGGGUAGCACCCGACGCGGUACAACAGUCAGCUCGAUGCCUCAUCGGGCGUGAUUACCCAUUGCCAAUGCUCGACCACUCUAAGGCUUCUCAAGUCAAUAUAGAACGCAUAAAGCAGGUUUAUGCACAACUUGCUAAAUAUAAACCACAAGGCACACUAAAUCCCAACACUGUACCUCGUCCGAACGUAAUGCAGUCCUCGCCGAGCCCUACUUCGAUAAUAGCCAGCAUCAACCAGUCUAAUUACUUGUGCAGCCAAACACCAGAACCACCCACAACAACACCUCAGAUUAUACCGUACAAAGAUAAUGAAGUGUUCCAAAGACCAAUGCAAAACAGCAUCAGACCUGACUUCGUAAAACCUUUCAAACGUGUAAUAAUCGUCCAACAAGAAAACACUAAAGUCACACAGCCUGACAAUAACAAAAAGCAAACAAAAGAGAACUACAUAGAAAAUGAACAAUUAGAAGUUUCCUAUAAAACUACAGACUCUAGAAAUGAGAAACAAGAAAAUUACGAUUUAAAAAAUUUAGUUAUCAAUAACUAUGUUGAAGGAUUUCCUACUACUCAGGAAAUAUUUACAAAUCAACAGCCGAACAGAAAUGAGUAUACGCAGCAAACAUUAAAAAUGAAUAACUUUAGCUACGAAAAGCAAAAAUUUUAUUUAUCUGCAUUAAAAGAUAGUGAGAUGCAUGUACAUGUAGUGCACAACGAUACGCCGCAAACUUUUUCACCGCCUAAUCUUAAUCGUGAGGCUUCUCACUAG